AUGCGGAGCGUUAUAACCGCUAGCCACCCGCCACCACCACCACCCUCCACCACCGAACACUGGCGCCAUCGAACACCGGCGCCACUGAACACCACCGACCACCGCCACCACAACCCACCACCACCGCUACCCGCUGCCACCAACCACCGUUGCUGCCGCCCUCCGCCACCGAACAUGUGCGUCACUGCCGACCACCACUAUCAUCCACCAUUGAACAUCGACACACCGCUGUCGCCACCCUCGGCCACCGACGCCAUCAACUACCUCCACCACCCAUAA